AAAUAAUUAUUGUCUUUAUUCUAUUUUUAUAGUUCUGCUUUGUCUAAAGGGCUGUUGGUGAGCUUUGUCCUUUUGUGCUUUUCAGGAACCAGCACCUAUGACAGAAGAUCUGCUAGAAGAACAGUCUGAGGUCUUAGCUAAAUUAGGUACAUCGGCAGAAGGGGCUCACCUCCGAGCACGCAUGCAGAGUGCCUGUCUGCUCUCAGAUAUGGAGUCUUUUAAGGCAGCUAAUCCAGGUUGCUUUCUUGAAGAUUUUGUGAGGUGGUACUCACCCCGGGACUAUAUUGAAGAGGAGGUAACUGAUGAAAAGGGCAAUGUGGUUCUGAAAGGAGAACUGAGUGCUCGAAUGAAGAUCCCAAGCAACAUGUGGGUAGAAGCAUGGGAAACAGCUAAGCCAAUUCCUGCUAGAAGGCAAAGGAGGCUCUUUGAUGAUACACGAGAAGCUGAAAAGGUUCUGCACUAUCUGGCAUUCCAGAAACCUGCAGACCUUGCUCGGCACCUGUUACCUUGUGUGAUUCAUGCAGCUGUACUCAAGGUAAAGGAAGAAGAAAAUCUGGAAAACAUUUCGUCUAUUAAGAAGAUUAUAAAGCAGAUCAUAUCCCAUUCCAGUAAAGUUUUGCACUUUCCUAAUCCAGAAGAUAAGAAACUAGAAGAAAUCAUCCAUCAAAUUACUAAUGUGGAAGCUAUAAUUGCUAGAGCCCGAUCUCUGAAAGCCAAGUUUGGAACUGAGAAAUGUGAGCAAGAGGAAGAAAAGGAAGAUCUUGAAAGGUUUGUGAGUUGCCUGUUGGAGCAGCCUGAAGUGUUAGUUGCUGGGGCGGGAAGAGGACAUGCUGGCAGGAUCAUUCACAAAUUGUUUGUGAAUGCUCAGAGGCUGACUGAAUCUUCUGAUGAGGCUGCAGCCUUGGCUCCACCAGAGGAGGAACUGAAGAGAGCAGGCUGCCCAGAGGAGAAAAGGCAGAACUCAGUGUCGGACUUCCCCCCUCCUGCUGGCCGGGAGCUCAUCCUGCGUGCCUCCGUGCCCCGCCCAGCUCCCUACUCCAAAGCACUGCCUCAGCGGAUGUACAGUGUCCUUACCAAAGAGGACUUCAGACUUGCUGGUGCCUUUUCGUCAGAUACCUCCUUCUUCUAAGUCUCUUGGGUUACCUAAGUGGUGGCUGCAGAGGCAGCGCUCCCUUCUUCUGGGGGUUGGGAGAAGGAGGAAUUCCUGCCAAAGGGAACCCUGAGGGGCCACCAAAAGGACCUUGUCUAGCCAAGGGAGCAGGAGCCACACCAGCACCUGAAGGACUUUCCAGCACCAGGCUGGGGGCAGAGGGAAGGGGCUUGAGUUGUUAGGAGAUUUCUGCCCCGUGAAGUGA